AUGUCUUUUCUUGAAGAUACAAGCAUGAAGGCAAACCGCUAUACAAUUGAUCAAUUGCUUGAUCUGAAGAGAUCCCUUCCAUUUGUUUCUUGUGUCAUCGACAACAUAAACAAGCACCCUGAUAUUGCUGCUAUAUUCAGUCUUCCUGAGCAAGCAUUCCAAAAUCCCCACAACUACACUUGUUUGACUACAAUUCUCUCGAAACAAUACAAGUAUACACGUCCUGAAGUUACAACGCGCCGUGGAGAAUCAUCAUCUUCUUCAUCUCAAUCAAUGCGCAGUCAAGGCAGUUGGUGUUUACGUCAAAACACCAAUUCUGAAUCACGUCGCACAUUUGACAAUCAAAUCCAACCACAUUCUGCGCCGACUAGUGUAGUUUUGCAUCAGGCCGAGAACUUUCGAAGAUUCUAUAGAGCCGUUGUUUCUCCAACCCACGUGAGAGUUACUGCUGGUGGUCGCAUAGUUCCAAACACUAGAGCAAUGGCACCACCGUCGUUUGAGCCUAUUGGCAAUAAGCAUACAUCCGAUUCUCACCAGCAAACCAACAAAAUCGAGCAAAUUGAUCACAGCCGAGCUGCAAAUAACAUUGUUGGGGACGCUCAAGCAUCUUUAAUUCCUGUUGGAGCGCAAGGCCCUCCAGGAUUUCAUCCUGCCUUUCCUGGUUCUUUCCUACCACCUUAUGGCUAUUUUCACCAAGGUGCACCGAAUAUACCGGGCCAAACAUUUAGUCACCCAGGCCAUACACAGGCUCUCCAUCAAAGCGCCAAUAGUAACGAUAGCACUAAUAGCUCUUUGCAAGCAGUCAGAGUCUCUCAUCCUGGUCAAUUUGACCCGAAUCGUCCAUACAUGAUGGUCAAUAACCAGUUGUGUUUCCCCACCUCAGGAUUUCCUCAACCUCCCAGCGGAUUUCCUUCCGGCUUGGUGGGAAACCCCCAAUUUGGUCCUCCUAUGUUAGGCGGCCCUCCAGGACACCAUAUGCCACACCCAAUGCUUGGUCCCAUUCCAUUUCCAAUAUCUCCAGGAAAUUUUCCAGUACCCAUGAUGCAGCAUCCUAAUGGACAAUUUUUCUCGAUGAUGCCACCACAAGCUCACACUCAGCAAGCUUCGAUGGCGCCAAUGCUACCAGUUCAAUCGACUUCCACCGAUCAGACUCUUCAACAACAUCGAGAUCAUCUUAAGAUGCUUGAAGAUCACAUAUCCCGCCAAUCGCUACAAUCAGUUCCUUACUGGGUAAAUCAACGUCAGGUUCUUAUGGGAGAGAUUGCGAGAAUGACGAACUUGCUUCAAUCUGAGCCCCACACAUCAGUCAGUGCCCAAACUGAGCAGGCAAAAUCUCAAACCUCCGUCGAUGUUGGAAGCUCACUUGAUAAUUCAUCUAACAAGAAUGAUGUUCGAAGUCCAGUCAUUGUCAGCUCUAGUCCAAGCAUCACCUUACGCAGUCAGGAACUUUCCGUCGCUUAUGCAAAUUCAUCAACUACGCGAAGUGUUGAUUCUCCAACCAUUCCACGAGCUUCAACCACUAAACUUGGAUCUAGCUCACGAUUGCCUGCUACAGCAGCAAUGGCUCCACCAUUCCAACCCCGUGGCAGUCGUACAGAUCUUAGUGCUGCUGAAUGGGAGGAAUUUGCGAGAGUGACAGAUCCUCGUCCAGGAGGUCAAAAAUCACCACCAACAACACCGGAAAAUACUGCUCAGAGAUUGGCUCGACUUAUGGGUAAUUGUCAGACACGUUGGGAAGACUCUGCUGCUGGUUCAAGCAUGAUCAGCAUGCCAAGAUCGCAGACGAUGCCUGCACCUCAACUACAAACCCAUACAGCAUCCUUGCCAAGUUUUCAGAGAGCUGAGACGCACCCUAAUUCCGUUUCACAGAUGGCACAGAUGUCUCAUGGCUCUGCUAUGAAUUCACAUAAUGCAAGUCUCCAACCAUACGCUCGAGUGAAUACUCAAAGCUAUGAUCCAGAAAGAUUCAUUGCCCAGAAAGAGUAUUUUGGCAACUCGGCAAGCAAUAUUUUAAAUCACGGUUCUACUCGUCAAGCCCCAAGAUUUGAUACUGGUAGACAGACAUUCGCACAAACUUCACCUGUCCAUGGUGACAAUAACAAUCAGACCACAUUCACUACAGAAGAUUAUCUCAACAAAUGUCAAUCGAUAUUCCUCAAUGAAACAACUGAUUCAGGUGUAACAAGAUAUGCAUCGCCAUGGUCCAGUCCAGAACGAAAUCCUGCUAGUCAUAAUGCUCUGGAUACACGAUCGAGAGCUGGCAGAUCAAUUCCACCAUUUACUUUGAUUACUAAAUCUCUUGCCAAUGAGUUUACUAGCAGCUCUCACGGAAAUCUGUCUCCCGAAGUUGUCAAAACACCACGUACUAUCUCUGCUGAUGCUGAAGGACUCAAGAUCCUCUCCGACGUGUUUGCUGAGACUCCUGAAAAGAACUUGAAAUCAGGCAAGGAAUCUGCAGUACUUGAGGGAUCUCAACAUGAUAUGCCUGUAGCCUUCCACAGCCCUUGCACUGAGCAGGCUACGAGCUCCACCGGUAUAGGCUUGUCAACUCGUGGCGAUCUUGAUGUGAUUUCUGAAUUGGAAGAUCGAUUUGCAUCAACACCCACUCACAACUCCACUCAAACUGCAAGUCCUUUUCUCAAUCGUCACUAUACAUCUGAAGAUCUGGCCAUUAUCUUUUCUUCGGAUGAAACUCGUGAAUCAACACCAAAACGAGUUACAAGACCUGCUAGUACUCCGUCCUUGACACAAAGAGAUCUUGGUGCAAUUUUUGACUCAAAUCAAUCAGGUGCCCCAGAUCCCUACCAAGUUGAAAAAGACUCAACUGAUUCUGUCGUCGAUUCCCAAAAGGUUCAAGGCUUGAGCAGUGCAUCUCCAUUGAACGAUCUACAUGCACCAGCAUCUAACCAAGACACAAUUCCUACUGGUACCGAGUCAUUGACUCAUCAAGACCUAGGGGAUAUUUUUUCAUCGAGCUCUUCACAAGCCGUACCAUCUCACAAAACUGAAGAGACUGCUAAUGUUCGACUACACACAUCUGAGCAUUUGGGUAGCAUUUUUGCGUCGAAUUCGCCAAUUAUAAGCAGAACAGGUACCGUCACACCAACAUAUAUGAAUGGGGAUGAUGUCGAUGAUAAUAAGAGUAUUGGAUCUUGGGCCCGACGUAAAGAUCAUCGUACUUCGACAAGUACUCAGUCUUGUAUUGAGAAGGAGAAUCUGAUCGUCACUCCGUCAGCUCAAGAUGGUUCUCCAAAGAGCAAAUCUAGUUUCGUUGAACUGAUCAGAACAACAAGCAGUGCUGUGCAAAAGAAUCAAAUUUUGAAGAACUUGCUGAACCUUCAGCCUGCAACUCAUUCAGCCAUUGCUGCUCCUGCCCAUGUUUCUUCGGCUAAUGCUCAAGGUAUCGUUCCUCUUCAAAAUCGCGGCUCGGCAGCAGCAUCUCUAGCUCCUGCUAUGGUCAACAUGACAUGUACCAGUAAAUCUUCAGCGAUUGCCUCACCUCGCAGUAUUGCUAGUCCAAGCACUCCAGAAAAUCGCUCGCGUAUUGGUCGUGGUCAAUCUUUCCAUCGCUCUCCAGAGCAUUUGGGAAACGAGGACUAUCUUGAUUGCCUGAAAGAAAUUGCCCGCCAUACAUCUAUCAAGCGACGUCAAGCGGAAUUGCAAUGA